AUGUGUGGCGUCAUUGGGUUGAUCUUAGGCCAUGUCGGGGAUGACCCUGAGCACCCUUGCAAAGCUGCAGUUGCGCUUCACGAAGCUCUGUACUUCCUCCAACACAGAGGACAAGAUGCUUGUGGUAUAGCAACUUGUGCUGCCGGAGGUCGCAUAUACCAGUGCAAGGGCAAUGGAAUGGCCGCCAAAGUGUUUGCCGACGGCAUGAGAAUUCAAGAUCUACCCGGCUCAAUGGGCAUUGGGCACCUACGUUAUCCGACUGCAGGCACAUCAUCAAAUGCCGAGUCACAACCGUUCUCGUUAUACGUUAACAGUCCUUAUGGAAUAUGUCUUGCCCACAAUGGCAAUCUUAUCAACGCUCCUGAAUUACGUCGGUAUCUCGACACUGUCGCUCACCGACAUAUCAAUACGGACAGCGACAGUGAACUCAUGCUCAAUGUGUUUGCAAACGAGUUAAAUGAGACAGGAAAGGCCAGAGUUAACACGGACGAUAUAUUCAAUUCUUUAGAGCGAAUGUAUGAACGAUGUUCGGGCGGCUGGGCUUGUACUGCAAUGAUUGCUGGUUUCGGAGUUUUAGGCUUCAGAGAUUCUUACGGUAUUAGGCCCUUAGUACUCGGCGAGAGAGAUUCCGAUACUCUCCCCGGCGCAAAAGACUAUAUGCUUGCCUCUGAGUCCAUUGCCUUACGACAACUUGGUUUUCGCAACAUUCGGGACAUUUUACCCGGCCAAGCUGUGUUCAUACAAAAAGGCCGCGCACCCGUCUUUCAUCAAGUUCAAACCCCGAAAAUGUAUUCACCUGACAUAUUUGAAUACGUUUACUUUGCAAGGCCUGAUACUGUCAUGGAUGGGAUCAGCGUACAUGCUUCUCGACAGAGAAUGGGCUACAAGUUGGCCGAUAAGAUACGAGAGCUCCUAGGAGAUGAAGGCAUCAAAGAUAUUGAUGCUGUUAUUCCCAUUCCCGAGACAUCAAACACGUCAGCCGCAAGCGUCUCCGAACGAUUAGGCUUGAAAUUCUGCCAAGGUUUUGUCAAGAACAGAUAUGUGUUCAGGACGUUUAUUAUGCCUCAGCAGGGAGCUCGUCAAAAGGGCGUUAGGCGAAAGCUUAGCGCUAUUCAGACCGAAUUUGAAGGAAGAUGUGUCUUGCUUGUUGAUGACUCUAUCGUUCGCGGUACUACAAGCAAGGAGAUAGUUGCUAUGGCACGUGAGGCCGGCGCGCGAAAAGUUAUUUUCGCUAGCUGCGCCCCCCCUAUCACAGCACCACACAUCUACGGCAUUGAUUUAGCCAGCCCCACAGAACUGAUCGCUUCAGGCAAAGACCGCUUUGCUAUCGCCAAGAGCAUUGAUGCGGAGGAAGUGAUCUACCAAGACCUCGACGACCUAAAGGCAUCAUGCGCAGAGCUCGCACCGCCAAACGGUCCUACUGAAUUUGAGGUCGGCGUAUUUUGUGGAAAGUAUGUCACACCGGUACCCGAAGGGUAUUUUGAGCAUUUGAAUGAAUUGCGCGGCACGAAGCGGAAACAUACCACGCAUGCCCCAAUCGCCAGUAGUGGCGCAACGAUGGUAGUUGGUGGCAGCCAGACCGGUACUAACGGCUCGGCGCCGCAUCUGUCGGCACAUGAAGAGGAACAUCCUUCGCCGGAUCUCAAGAGAAAUGGGGCUACUUCCCCUAUUCGGGAUGACAUCAGUCUUCACAAUAUGGCUAGUGAACCCGAACGGCGUUGA